AUGGAAGCUGUCGGCGCUGGUGCCAGCAUUCUCACCUUUAUCACUGUCGCUUUCUCAGUGACUCAAUCAAUCCAGACCGCACUCUCAGCCAUCAAAGAUGGCCCUGGGGUCAUUCGUUCACUCACCGACGAUAUCGCGCAGCUCCAGAGUGUCUUACAACGGCUAGAAAAAUUGUCCUUUGUUUCCGUCGAUGACACCGAUAAGUCUCAGCUGGAACUUUUAGCAGAGAAAUGCCAUGACGACUUGGCCAAACUUGAUUCUCGGCUGAAGUCCCUUGAUGUUUCAACCUCGGAGGGUCAGGGAGGUCGCUUCUUGAGAAAGCUGAAGCUCUGUUUCUCAGAAAAAGACCUUGAUCAGAUCCGCCACAUCGUUCAAGGCCAUGUGCUACAUCUCGGGCUUCGGUUAGACCUUAUCCUGGCGCAACAAGUGUCAUUUACAGCGAGUCAAUCAAUCCGAGGUGUUGAUCUUCUGCAACAACUGUUACAGGUCAAUCAAGACAUGAUAGCGCGACAAACAACCAUCAUGGAUACUUUUACCGCCUCGGGAGGCUCGCCACCCACUUCAGCGAGGGUGACGGAGGUGGACGACGAAGAAAUGGACUGUUCACCGGAUACAUCAUUGGAUGAGAGUAUCAAUCGUUUAAUGCGGAUCCUGGAGAAGAAGCCCUGCGUGGUCGAGUCUGAUGAUUCAGAAGAACUGCUGAAAAACAUUGAGCAUCUCCUGGAAUGUAUCCGAAAAGAUGCAGAGCCUGUCGAGUCAGAAGGGGCCUGCCAGAAUUGCCAACAAGACAUUUCAAAGGAAUUAAAGCUUAUGUCACAUAUCAUCCUCUCUUCUACUUCGAUGAUGAUCAAUCAAACUGAAGCAACAAGAUUCUGGGGACCAGAGGGCGAACAGCUUUUAAUUUCCCAAGAACCGAAACGAAAGGCCUUCGAAACCGAUGAUGGGAUUACAACUGUCACUACGGCUAAGAGGCGUCGAAAAUUAUCUUCUGAAGGCGAAAACGAAAAAGCCAAAAACGGAGCAAGAAGAGACUUCCUCGCAAAACUUACCUACACAUCCAAAAGCACAAAGAAGAUGCUCAGACUUACUCCAUCUCAUCUCGCUCUUGCGCGUGGAAUUUCUGUUGAUAAUUACGAAGCCCUCCUGUAUGCAGGGGCAGAUGUUACUAUACAAGUCGAAGGACAAGAGACGGCAGUUCAGUGGCUUACCAAUUCCGAUGUGGGCAUUUGA